CAUUUUGAAGUGAAUCAUUUAAAAAGCCCAGCCAUCACAUCACUAGGGUUUUCUAUAAGUUCAAAAGGAGGUUAGUCGCCGUUUCUUCUAGCUCAUCUUCGCUUCCCCUCCAGCUGCUGCACAUCGCACGACGUCAAGAUGCCGUCGCACAAGUCGUUUAUGAUCAAGAAGAAGCUGGCCAAGAAGAUGAGGCAGAACAGGCCUAUUCCUCACUGGAUUCGUCUUCGUACGGACAACACUAUCAGGUACAAUGCCAAGCGCAGGCACUGGCGCAGAACCAAGCUCGGAUUCUAAGUGAAAGAUCUAGACUUGUUGUCUUCUGUUGGAUUUAGCAUUUCCUCAAGUUUUCUUGAUUUUUGUUAUGACAUUUUUACAUUUCUGCAAGGCACGAUGUUACCAGAUUUUAUAUUUAUAAGAGUUGCUCCUUAGCACUUUUUCUUGCUU